UGGAGUUUCCAUGUUCUCCCUGUGUGCGUGUGGGUUUCCUCCAGGUACUCCGGUUUCCUCCCACAGUCCAAAGACAUGCAGGUAGGUGGAUUGAAGAGACUAAAUUGUCCAUAGGUAUAAAUGUGUGAGUGAAUGGUGUGUCCCCCCUGCAACAGAUUGGCGACCUAUCUGCUAAAAGUAUUGAUAUCAAAACAAGGCCAAGUAACAACAAACAAUAUCUUAGCUCACACAAAUUUAACAAGCUUUAUUCCAAAGCAACGCUACCCAAUGUUUCCUCAUUUAUUGAAUGUAAUUUGGCUGUUUGUUUUUUCAUCUUACCAUCUGCAGAGAAUGUUGUGCAUUCUAAAUUUCCCACAUCAAAUAAUACUUAGAUAGAAUACUUCAUGAUCCCCAUUGGGAAAUUUUUAUAGCGGCAUGUAACAUUCACAUUUACAAACAGACAUUUCUACCAAGAAACAUACAGUCAUUUAUACUAGAGAAAUGGGGAAGGGAAUUCAUAAAUAAUCAAUAAUAAUAAUAAUGCAUUUAUUCAUGGUGUGUUUUUCAUACUCUAGUACUGUACUGGAUGCAGGAAAUUGUUCAGACAUAUACUGUAGUCAUUUUUACAAUUUUUAGUGUGAUAGCUGAAUUGCAGAUUAUUAUUUGCAGAUGAUUGGCAUUUCAUACUUUCAUGUUAUACAUAACAUUUGAAUGACCACAUUCUCUUCAGAUGGUAAGAUCUAAAAAAACACAGGGCCAAGAUACAUGAAAUAAACACUUGCACUAACAUUGCUUUGGAAAUGUGUUUCUGUUGAGAUGUAUUCGUAAGCAGUGUCCCGCAUGCAAUUUACCAGUGUUCCAUGAAUGGACUAGUCCAUGCAAAAGAAAAUGAAUGAAAAAACAGGGUGGUCAUGUUUACUGUCUCGGAAAUUGCUGCGACAUUUUAGGCUCCACAUUUCAUCAAAUCCAAUUGUUUUGAUUAAAAUAAGGACAUGAAAAGUGAUGUUGACCUCUAAUAGCGAGACAAAAUGACAAUAUUUAUCGACCGAUAUUAACGUGCGAUUCCCCCGUUGCUAAAUGGUAUUUUCCUAUCUGUGUCGGUCAUAUAGUAAGUACACAACACUGGAAUUUUAUUUACAAUAACGUACAGCAUCCCGACCAGCCGAUUGUAUCAGGCACUCCACAUAUGUGAAAUGUCAUUGGCAGAUCUUAUUCUCUGUGUUUUCAGCAGUCUAAUUGAGUCUGUGGAAUGUGUAAUCUCAACUCUUGCCUGACAUUAACAGACUAACAUCACUCUGCAUUCUGUGAUCUGGUACCCACUGGAACCUCCAGAAGAGGGAUUGGAGAAGCCAUGCCCGAGCAGAGCAAUGACUACCGGGUAGUGGUCUUUGGGGCAGCCGGUGUUGGUAAGAGUUCUCUCGUGCUGCGGUUCAUCAAAGGCACCUUCCGGGAGACCUACAUUCCCACCAUUGAAGACACAUACCGACAGGUGAUCAGCUGUGACAAGAACAUCUGCACCCUGCAGAUCACAGACACAACAGGCAGCCACCAGUUCCCUGCCAUGCAACGCCUCUCCAUCUCCCGAGGCCACGCCUUCAUCCUGGUCUACUCGGUCAUCAGCCGCCAGUCUAUGGAGGAGCUGCAGCCCAUAUAUGAGCAGAUAUGCCAGAUAAAGGGCAUUGAUGUACAGGGGAUGCCUGUCAUGCUGGUGGGCAACAAGACCGACGAGACCCACCGAGAGGUGCAGACCAGCGAGGGGGAGGGCCUGGCUGCCCGCUGGAAGUGUUCCUUCAUGGAAACCUCGGCAAAGACCAACUACAACGUACAGGAACUGUUCCAGGAGCUGCUCAACCUGGAGAAGAGGAGAGUGGUCAGUCUGCAGGUGGAUGGCAAGAAGUCCAAGGCAAUGAGGGCCAAAGACAGACUAAAGGGGAAGUGUGCCAUCAUGUGAUUGGUAAUGAAACUGCAUGGCAUCACGUCAGCCCAGAACAUUCAAUCAAAUAUACCCAGUUCUGUUCUAAAUCAGGCAACCCUGGUCGUGAAGUGUGAAAGAUGUUCCUGGUUUUUUUGCUCUAUCCAAACCUAAAACUGCAUAAUUUGAUUAAUUAUUAGGCUUAAUGAAUGCAAGUAACCAUGUUCUGGAGGUGUUCUGCCAUUUCACCAGUCUGGCUCUUCAGUCUCUAAAUAAUCAAUCAAACUCUUGUGAUCAGCACAGAAGAUGUGCCUAACCAUGUGCUGUAUAUUAAUGUAUAUACAUGUAAUCACGUGAUGGUUCCAAAUUGGAGGACACAACAGUUAUAUGAACAUUCACCCAAAGCAUAUUAUCCUCUGACAAAUUAAAAAAUUAAAGUGCUUUCAUUAGUAUCAUGAGUGUAACGGCGACCCUGGUACACAUGAAGCUCGGUUAAUGUCAACCUGCUGAUUUUUUGUGCCUGAACUUUAUUCGUAAAUUUUUUGUGAUUAUGUUAAGGCACUUUCAUGUUGCAGCAUGAUAAAAAUGUUUUCAAUGGUAAUAUGUUGCAUGAGUUUAUAUUCUGAUCCUACCAACUAUCAUUAACUUAUAUCAUUAUGUGAACCAUUAAAAUCAGUUUUUAUUUA